AUGGUUACGCUACCUGAUCAGAUGCCUGCGGCAUUCCAGUCCACUUACACCCCAAUUGCCGCCGCAGGCACUUCAGCUCAGAUUCGACAUCUGGCUCGUUUACUUGCUGUACAGUUGACUGUGUGGGCGAGUGAGUCAAGCGAGACGGAUAUGGCUGAGAACGUGGCUCAAUUGGAGUCUGUUCUUCGACCGACCGCUGAAGAAGCUGCUGCCGACGGUCGGGGAUCACGUUCGAAACGUGGAUCGAAAUCCGAGCUCGGGGGCAGUGCGGAUUCUGGUGUUGGUGAAUCUAAGGACGCGGUUCGAGCGAAGAAACGUCGUUUGGCAUCUGCUGCUAGUAAAGCGGAGGCUGGAGACGAUGCAGAAGCUGAAGAUGCUCUGAUUCGUGCAAAUGCCGCUAGGCGCCUACAACCAAUGAACAUAUCCACUCUGGUUGGUUAUAAUCAGAAACAACAACAACAACAACAGCAACAAGCCGAGAUCUGUUCCGUAUCGGGCACUGCGCCAGCCGCGGUGGCCUCAUCUCUAAUACCCGGAUUGCCACCGAUGUUCCCCAACAUCCCUCCUCCUGGUAUGCCCGGAAGUAAUGUUCUCAUGGCACAGUUCAAUCCAGCUCAACCGCCUCCUCCACUCAUGAUGAUGGUACCUAACGCGUUGAACUCAUCCGUUGCGACCACUCCAUUCACACAAACUGGGGCCGCCUUGGGCACUGCAGCUCCCGUUCCACCCAUUCCAAUGGCUGAUAUUCCACUACCCACUCCUGCCCGACCUUUCUCUCUGGAAUCGGUGACAGUCCCGAUCCAUUCAACUAUUCAGAGGCAACUUGCACAGGAUGCCUUUUCGCGUAUUAUUGAAGGUCUGGAAGGUUCCACUGCGCGAUUCCCCGCUACUGCGAACGAUAAUCAAGUGGUUCCGCUAACCGGUUCCGAAUCACUACCGUCUUCGGCUCACCUGAGCCGGAUGAAACUGCUCACACGACUCACAAUGCGGCGAUUCGGUGGCAAUGAGUUUUACAAAAUUCUCAUCGAGUAUGCUAUCAAGAAUCUGAGGCACGGUUUCGAAUUGUUAUCGAAACUGUUGAUGCAGGAGUAUUGUCGUUCUCGCGGAUUCCAAUUAGUUGGAUUUAAUGCUUUCCUCCAGUCGCGUCGCCAUCAACUGGCCCUGAUACGAGCCCGACAAAACAAAUCCAAGGAGACGGAGGGAGAUGAGUCAGGAGUCGAGCUACUCACUGAUCAAGAGCCGAGUGAGAGAAAGUCUUCUCUUCAAGAUAGCACUUCCACGGCUUCACAAGAUCCAGUCCACGAUACGGAAAACGUCAACGAAGAUGGAGCAGUUGAGCGUGAGAAGGGCCUAACUGAAGAAGAAGGCGGGGACACACACUUUAGUCAUAUUAGCUCUCGAAAUGUCAUCACUGUUUGUGGUGCGUCUUCGAAAAAGGAGGAUGAACCCAUCGAACACGGUGCUACCGAGUCGAACGGUCCCGCCGAAGCGAAACGUGAUGCGGAUGAAGGUUCAAAAGAGGAAAAGGACGACUCAAACUCAACCGGCGUGAGGACUGAAUCAAAAGCAACGGUUAAAUCGACCAAAGAUGGAAAGUUGGGUAUUAGCAAAACUCCCACGGUAGCUCCUCCGGAUGAUCUGGGAUGUCUGUCAUUUUACGAUUGCCUCCUGGUAGACGUUCUGCAACGCCUUAAGCACCCGGAUAUUCGACAAACUUACUUUGGUCGUUUCCUCAUAGAAGCACCGUUGCUCACGUCCGGCGCAAUCAGCGUGUUGAAGCGAUACUGUUCAAAUCCAACCCAAGCUGCCUACGGAUUUCAGGUUUUGCGUACACUGAUCGAAUUGCGUCCUGUCGGUCAACGCGAAUACCUGUUGAACAUGUUGCUUAGCUUUUGCGCGGUAGAAGAUUCGGAAAUUCGUCGUGCCGCUUUAACGGCCACUCGGGAAUUGACCAAUCUCGACGACCGAUGGAAACGUCACAUUGAGGCUUUCGCGACUGAUGUGUUGAGAAAGUUGACACAGCCACGCCCCACGGCUGAUAUCUUUCCAUUCACAAACCAUCCGGUUGUGCCCAGCAAGUGGAAUGACGAGUCGUGUCAGGCGUGUGCUCAUCUGUUCCUCGGUUUGAUGCCACAAAGCCCGUCAUUGAUGCACAAACUGGCCGAGGUCUAUGUGAACGCGGGUCCGGAAGUAAAACGUUGCGUGUUGCGAAUGAUCGACCAACCGAUCCGGGAGAUCGGCAUAUAUUCCUUGGACUUGCACGACCUUGUUGACCGAUGCCCUCUUGGCGCAGAGACCCUCAUCACACGAAUGAUUCAUCUACUGACUGACUCUCCAUCAGCCGUUGCCGCUGCUGCGGCUGCGGCUGCUGCUGCCGCCGCCACCGUUGCUUCGGCCACGAUCAAUAAUCAGACGGGACAGAAAUCGAAUGUCGGUGCCACACCAGCCCCCACGCCAACCGUUCCCGCCCCGGUGAUCAUGCCCCCGGCGAGUCUGGUCGAACGGGUAUAUCGACUGUACAGUGAGCGAGUACACGAUGUGCGCUGUUUGAUUCCUAUAUUGGUUGGCUUGUCCAAACAAGAGGUGAUUGCUGCGUUGCCAAGACUGAUUCAACUGAACGAGAAAGUGGUCAAGGAGGUUUUAACCCGUCUCCUCAAUGCAAGCGUCUCCACGCAGUAUGCACCGCGAAUGAACACCGUACAAAAUGUGUCAUGUUCGACGGCGGAACUACUCGAGGCACCGUUGGGUCCCCUGAAACCGGAAGAAUUGCUGGUUGCCGUACAUUUGCUCGAGUUUGCCAAAGAUCCCAAUGACAGCCACUCGACAAAACCCUACGUCGGUUUACAAGAUAUUUUGCACGCGUGUCGUGUUUGUUUUGCCGAACGCCGUCUGUUCACCCAGGAACGCUUGUCCGUCGCGAUUGGACAGUUGCUCGAACAACCUGUCCUGCCCACACUGUUCAUGCGCACGGUGAUGCAGGCGUUGGCAUUGCAUCCACGCCUGGCUGGUUACGUGAUCAAUGUGCUGGUUCGGCUGAUACGUAAACAGGUGUGGAAGAGCAAACAACUCUGGGAUGGCUUCAUCCGGUGUUGUGUUAAACUACGUCCACAAAGUUACCAAGUCUUACUGCAACUUCCACCUGAACGUUUGGAAUCCAUCUUUCAACGGGAACCUUCCAUGCGGGCACAAGUGCGACGGCAUGUGGAGAAUUUCUCCUCGGCGCAGCGCGUGCACAUUUCCAAAUCGAUUAUUGCCGUGCUGGAACGUGUUCCCACACCGUCUCCACCGUCAACCCCGACUGUGACUGAAGUAGCGUUGAACAACAGUAAUGCAUCUGCUGAACUCCAGCAAACUGGAUCACCUGCAAGUCCUGCUUCUUCUGGCCCAGGCACUCCCACCAGAGAUGAGAUACCCACUCACGAAGUCCAGGCUGCGAUUGUUGCGGCUGCAGCUGCCAUUCUGCACAAUACACCCGGUUUGGAGGCCAGUGAACCGCGUCUGGAUGAAAGUAAUGCGCAUUCGUCCGAACCAGAUGGGUCACAAACGGAGAAUUCCGUGAGCACAGUCCAUCUGGCCCAACAUCACCCACUCUCUGUGCUGGUCUGUAAUCGAGGUAGUGGUGCGAGUGGUAACGCGAUUAUGGGAUCCCGAUCCACGCACACAAUGGACGAACGAUACCAGUACGUUCCUCGUUUUCGACCGACAAGCACACGAAUGUAUACUCGUUCGCGGAACAGAUCACCACACCAGGAAGAUUCACCUCCGAGCAACGAGGAAAGUCGGGCCAAUUCGAGCGAAAAUCGUCCAAAACAGGCGCCUACCGAUAGCGAAUCCCCAAUGAAGAUUAGGCGUGUUAGUUCGGAAGUUGUAGGACAAACCUCUGAAGCACAACCGACGGAAAGUAUGAUGGAUGAUGACCUUGAGCCCCCGAUUCUCCCGGCCACCCGUGUAAAGCCUUCUCCAUCCAAACGUACCACCCCAGUGUGGACACGUAAGGCAUCGGAUGAAACCAAUACUGUUAAUUCCAAAUCGGAAGUGUCCGAGAAGGUGCAGUACGAGUCGAUGCGAGGGGAACCAAUCAAUCCUGCACCGGUGUCUUUACGCCAACCGAAGCGUCCAGUUGAUCUAGACAAAUUGGAAGCGGAUCGUCCUGAUAAUCGGUAG